AUGUCGGUUCAUUCAUUUUCCGCAGAAGCUGCUGCAGAUUGCCGUUCUACAACUCCUUCCAUGCGUCCAUUAACAAACGACAAACAAUAUUAUCAUAUGCCUUUCAACGAGCGUAAACCGUGUUGCUAUGUCACUUCUUACUGGCACGAUCACAAGCGGCGACUGUACAAUACAAACUUGUUGGAGCGCGUUUGCGACAAGCUGAGGGAAGGAAUAGACGAUGUGGAAGAAAUGACGAGGACUGAACAAGAGCAUCCCGAAAGACGACUCAGAGCGGUAAUGGACGACCUUGCCAACGGGACUGCUACGUAUCUCAGACUUGUUAAGUCGGCUGGAAAUCAGACAGGAGCCAGCGCAGUUGGACGCACUCGCCUCGACCGAGAACGUCAGCGUCUAUGUCUCCGCGAAAUCGAACGAGUAUCAAACGAAGCUGCGGCUGUCAGAAAAGUUCGAAAGUCAAAUCUUGACGAAAAACUUGCCCAGGCGAAUGACUUGCUCGUUACGCUCAAUAAACUAAUGGCAGAGCCACAAGACUCUGUUCCAGACAUCAUUAUCUGGAUGCUUCGAGGAGGAAAGCGGCAUGCUUUUACCAAAAUAAGCGCUCGGCAAGUUUUUCAUUCAAUCGUUGAGGAAGAGAGUGGGAAACAUUGUGGGAAGAUUCAAACUCGCUUUCUGACCCUUCCUGGUCGCAAAGGACUUGGAAGUUCUGGCUGGACAAUUCAAGCGAAACUAGAAAUUUACAUGUGGUUUGGCCUAGCGAAAAACAAAAAGACUACCUCAGAGGCCUUCCAAACGGUCAUUUUUUCAACAUGUGUCGGAAGAACACAAGUGAUUGAUAAGACCCUCUCACCCACGUGGGACGAGAUGAUUGAAAUGACUGACAUAACAAUGUAUGGAAAAGCAGAAGAUUUCCAAAACGAUCCGCCGAUGGUCAUUGUCGAAAUUUUCGACCAAGACGAAGAAAUGUCAUUUCUAGGGCAAGGCGGAAAAGAAAAAGCGGAGUACAUUGGGCGGUUGAUCGCCAAACCAGUUGUAAAAAUGGCCGGCGAUCCAUACGACAAGCCGAAUUUCCCACCAACUUUGGACUGGUAUCAAGUUUACAGAGGAACAGUACGAGCUGGUGAAGUUCUAGCCUGCUUCGAGCUUCUCCAACAACCAGUCGACUCAAGAACUCUUGAAAAGAAGCUGUGGAGAAUCUGGUGCGAGUCAAAAGGUCUUCCCAUGAAAGAAAACGACAUAAAGGUUGUCGACAAGAGAAUCACAGAACAGGGCGUCUGCGUCUCCGUACCUCGCGGAAUCCGACCGAUUCUAGCACCUCAUCGCGUUGAAGUUCUUUUCUGGGGACUCAGGGACCUCAAGCGCGUGAAUUUGAUGGCAGUCAAUCACCCACGAGUCGAAGUCGAAAUCGCGGGAAAAUCGAUUGAAUCAGAAAUCAUCGAGAACUACAAGAAAAAUCCCAACUUUAGCAUACCUAUUAAAUUUAUCGAAGACGUCGAGCUUCCCGACAAUCAGUACUUAUGUCCUCCAAUAACGAUCAAGGCGAAAGACACGCGAACAUUUGGCCAAGAUAUUCUCCUUGGAACUCAUAUCAUUCGGAAUGUAUCCAAAUUUUUCUACACGUGUCCGCCCAAACACUCCCUUGCUGCUGAUGAGGCAAGUUUAGUCAUUCAGGGAUCAAUUCACGAAAGUCAAAAUGUCGCGGCAAAAGAGACAAAAUCAGCGGUCCUUGUUCCAAUCGACGAAGAUUCAAAAAAAGAUGACGAAGAAGAAGCCACGGACGAAGUUGCGCUCGACUGGUGGAGCAAGUACUUUGCCUCAAAAGAAACGAAUAAAGCGGACAAAGCAGAAGCCGAACAAAACGCAGAACCUGCGUCUGAUGAUGAAAACGGCAACAAUGCUGCGGAGAACUCAAAAGAUCCCCCUGUAGAUAGUGAAACACAAUCAUCAGCUAGAUUUUCAAAAAUUCAAAAGACACCGAGAACGUCAAAACUGAACCGGCCUUCGUUGCCAAAGCCACCUGAGAUUCAGUCAGACCCUGAUUUUGAGGGAGCCAAUGUUCCUAAUGUUGAUGAGGAACCAGAGGAAAUCAUCGAAGAGCUCAAAAUAUUCGACGCAGAACUUGAAGCGCAACCUGAAUUCAAUGGCUUCACCGAUUUGUUCCAUUCAUUUGAACUCUACAGAGGAAAGAUGUCCGAUGAUGGAUCAGACGAGAACCGAGUCGUGGGAGGCUUCAAAGGUGGCUUUAAAAUCUAUCGCAUGCCUGUUCCAAAGGAUUCUGAGCAGCCUUGUCCAGUGAAUGGAAUGUUCAAAGGGCUUCCUUCAAAUGAGCCGAUUCAUGUCCUUUGCCGUGUAUAUAUUGUACAAUGUAACGAUCUCCAUCCAAUGGAUCCAAAUGGAAAGGCUGAUCCCUACCUAAAAAUAACUCUCGGCGGAACUACCAUAAACGACAAGGAUAACUACGUGAGCAAACAGUUAAAUCCCGUCUUCGGGAAGUGCUUCGACAUCGAAGCCACAUUCCCUAUGGAUUCUCAGCUAUCAGUUCAAGUGUUUGAUUGGGAUUUGCUUUCUGGAGAUGAUCUUAUUGGUGAAACAAAGAUCGACCUGGAGAACAGAUUCUAUUCAAAGCAUCGCGCUACUUGUGGCUACAGUCAAAGAUAUGCAAUCUUCGGCUAUAAUCAGUGGAGAGAUCCACAAAAGCCGACGCAGAUUCUAACAAAACUUUGCAAAGAAGCGAAACUGGAUGGUCCUUACUUUGAAAAUGGAAAAGUUAGAAUCGGCAAAAGAACAUUCACUGGCCAGCAAGAAAUCGAAGACGAGAAUGGUCUAAGGAAAGCCACAUCUGAGCAUGCCGCUCUGAUCGCUCUCAAAAACUGGCAUGACAUGCCGAAAGCUGGAGUGAGCCUUGUUCCAGAGCACGUAGAAUGUCGAGGACUCUAUAAUCCAGAAAAUCCGGGCAUCGAGCAAGGAAAGGUUGAGAUGUGGGUUGAUAUGUUUCCGAUGGACAUGCCUGCACCCGGUCCGCCAGUCGAUAUUUCACCGCGAAAGCCGAAGAAAUACGAACUGAGAGUAAUCAUUUGGAACACAGAUGAAGUCAUUUGUGAAGACGACGAUGUGUUCACUGGCGAGAAAAUGUCAGAUAUUUACGUCAAAGGCUGGAUAAACGGCUUGGAUGAGGAUAAACAAGAGACUGACAUUCACUAUCGAAGUUUAACGGGCGAAGGCAACUUCAACUGGCGUUUUAUGUUCCCCUUUGAUUAUCUCGUCGCCGAGCAGAAGAUAGUCGUCUCGAAGAAGGAAUCCGUCUUAUCAUGGGACGAAACAGAGUUCAGGCUUCCAGCAAGGCUGACGUUGCAAGUGUGGGAUGCGGAUCACUUUUCUGCCGAUGAUUUCUUGGGAGAAAUGGUUCUUGAUCUCAAUGCAAUGCCAAGAGGCGCUAAGACAGCGAAAAGUUGCACUGUAGAAACUUGUACGCUAGAAAACGGAAAUAUUCCUACUGUUUCGCUCUUCCAACUGCGGCGUAUAAAAGGUUGGUGGCCAUUCCUGCGGACGGAUGAAGCAAACCCGACUGGUGAAAAAGAAGUUACGGGGAAGGUUGAAGCAGAAAUCCACCUCAUGACCUUCGAGGAAGCUGAAAAGGCCCCAGCUGGUCGCGGUCGAGAAGAACCGGAUCCACUUGAAAAGCCAAACCGCCCUGAUACCUCAUUCGUGUGGUUCAUGACCCCACUCAAAUCCAUUCAAUACCUCAUCUGCGUCCGGUUCAAAUCGUUGUUGAUCAAAAUCAUUAUUUUCGGCUUGAUUGGGUUGUUGCUUGGAUUGUUCUUGUACUCUGCGCCCGGAUUGAUCAUGCAGAAGAUACUAGGAGUUUAA